AUGGAGCAGGGCCCAGCAGUGCCGAAAUAUAUCUUGCGUGGCCACGACGCAGCCAUCCAUGCCCUCCAUUUCUAUUCCGGCAACGCAUUCCUGGCCUCCGGCGACAGUGACGGCUGGCUAGUGAUAUGGAGUCUGACCACGAAACGGCCUGUGGCUGUCUGGAAGGGUCACGAUGGAGGAGUCAUGGCGAUACAGCAUUGGACAACGGAGAGAUUGGUCAGCCAUGGAAGAGACCACAAGCUGCGAGUAUGGCAAGUCCGGCCAGAAGACCUUGCUGGGCUCAGUCAGGAAUUGCCCGCGGAUGGGGCUCACCCUGAUCAAGCACAGCCAUGGCUGUUACACUCGUUGUCCGUCAAUGCGCUGAAUUUCUGUGCCUUCUCAAUCUGUGACGAAAAUGAAGACGAAAGCCGCGAGCUGGCUUCUGCAGAUAGAACUCCGCCUGCGCCUGCGCCUCAGUUGAUAGCGUCACCGAAUGGCCUUGAUUCAGGCGGCAUUGACAUCUUCCAGCUUCCCUCGGAACAGAGGAUCUCGCAAAUCCACUCCGACGAGAACUCCCCGACCGGUAUGGUGAUGGCGGUGUCUUUGUUUCACGACCACGAUGACCCUUCCACGCUCGUGUUGGUGUCGGGCUACGAAGAUGGCCGGGUGAUGGUCCACUCGCACAGCGGUGGACUGAGAGUUGGGGAAGGCCAGUGGCAGACGGUCAUGACUAGCAAGCCGCAUUCUCAGCCAGUACUGUCCAUCGCCAUCCUACCGUCCAGGCAAUACUUUCUUAGCUCAGGAGCGGACGCCGUUAUCACCAAAGUUGCCUUGACGACCGCCAACACGGAGAGCGAGCCACAAUCCCAGAAAGCGGUGAACACGAAACAUGCGGGCCAGCAGGGUCUGAGCGUACGGUCCGAUGGCAAGAUCUUUGCCACGGCUGGAUGGGACGCCCGCAUUCGGGUGUAUUCGUGCAAGACGAUGAAAGAGCUGGCCGUCCUGAAAUGGCAUAAAGUCGGUUGUUACGCUACGGCCUUUGCGGACAUCCUUUCCAACGAGACUACGAACUCUUUGUCAAAAAGGUUUGGGCCUACGGAGCCAGCUAGCUCUUCGCUUGAAGUUGCAUCGUCUGUCAAUGCCCUCGACGUGAUAAAGCAACAGCGAGAGGAAAAGGCGCGCAUGACACACUGGUUGGCAGCAGGCGGCAAAGAUGGUAAGAUAUCACUUUGGGACAUAUAUUAG